UCUGCAUCAAGUUCAUAAGAUGUUACUGUUAAAAUGUUUUGCAUUUUGUCACACAGUCUGUUUUGUUUGUCUUAAUUAUCUUGUCUUCAGUGUAUUUCAGAUCCCCGAUGCUUCUUGGUAUGUAUUACACAACAUAUAUUUUGUGCAGAAAUCAUAUUUUAUGUACAUUAUGUUGCUAUGAUUGUGUAUGUAUGUGAUUGUGUGUUUGGUGAUGGUCAGAGUGAAUGUCAGUGCAGAAUGGCAGUACCGCUUCUAUCAAACUGACCCAAGCUGGGCUGUGGCUCCAAACCACCAAGAAUGAGAAAUGAAUAAAAAAGAUAUAUGUUAAGUGUCUUAGAGUGUCGAGAAAAGAACUGUACAAAAAUGAUUUUAUUUUACAUUUUAAACAAUGUUCUCUUGUUUAAAUUUUUUAAGAUCUGCAGUUUUGUUUCUGUUGAAUCGUCUUUUCUUCAGUGUGUUACAGGUCCCUAAUGCUUUUAAAUGGUAAGUACAUUAUUUAAAAAAUUAACUAUAGGUAAGUGUGAAAAAGGUAUGUAUUGUAUGUGUUCUGGUUCAAGUUCAUAUUGGUGGUUUCUGAAAGUACCGUUUGAAGCAGCAUCAUUAUGCUUUUCUGUGGUGCUUUUUUGAGGUGUCUUGUUUAGCCAUGUUCAGAGCAAUAAAACAUUUUUCUUUUGCAGGUACCUCUCUGUCAUUGGAUUUGUCAUCAACAUUAACACGUUACUGCUGAUGAUUCCUGAACUGCUCCAAGUGCAGCGGUAUGUCCUCACAUACAGGUUCAGCCAAGAUCACUUGGAGCUCCUGUUUAAUUCCAUCAGAGCGUCAGGUGGCUGGAAUAACAACCCAUCAGCAUGCCAGUUCCAGGCCAUCUUCCGCCGGCUGAUGGUUCGGUGUGGGGUUACACCCAGUGAGACUGGCAAUGUGGCAGCACAAGACAACACCGUGUCCCUGUCUGCUGUUGAAAUGUCCUCUCCUGAAUCUAAUGAAGAGCAUCCCUGUCCUUUUGCUUGGAUUUCAGCCAUUCUGGACGACCACAGCUAUCUUCCGACCAAGUUUGGUGGUCUGGUAGAAAAUGCCUUGGUUUACAUAUCUGGAUUUGUUGUGAGGCAGAUUCUGCGUAAACUAACCUGUGACCCAUGUCGAGUCAGUUUGAUUCAAGAUGCCACACCGUCUUCAUUUGAUGAGAACUACCAUCUUCUGACUUUGAAAAAUAAUGGCGGGUUAGUGAUUCCCUCACAAGGCGUAGUGAAGGUGGUGAGAGCUGCAGAGAGGGUGAUUCGUGGUGCUUCACCAAACCAUCCUCCUAAGCUGUCCGCCGUCACAUACAUAGUCCGUGAAGACAUUGGAACAGAAGAUGUUUUCCAGCUUGGGGAACACACUCAGGAGACACAAUUUGGCAUUGACAAUCACCAUUCUGACUUGCUGUCAUUGGUUGUGUCUGUGUUUCUGAAGAUAAGGAUGCACCACAUUGCAAAAGUCACAUGUCUUGGUUUGCAGAAAGGCAACACCAGAAAAAAGCUCUGCAAAACUGUCCUAUUUCAAGGCUAUUAGAUUGUGUAAAAAUGUAAUGAAUAUGUAAAUACUGUCACAACAGAUAAGUAUGCAUGUGUGUAUGUGUGUAUAUAUGAGAUUAUCGGAAUAUAUACAUAAUGUGUGUGAAUAAAUUGCAUCUUUGGUUGUAUCUUGCAAAACAUGUCAUACUUUAAAACAUUGUAUUCCACCAAAAUUAUUUAAAUAUGCUAAACUAUACGUUCCUAUACAUGCAAUUUUAAUAGCUGUAUGCCUAAAAUUUAAUUAUGUGACAAUGUGAUUACUGUUCAGCGUGUUAUGAUCUAUUAAAUGCGCUGAUCCUU